CCCACUCACUACGCCGACGCCUCCUUGAGGUACUUGAGCAGCGGCGCCCGCUCCUUGUCCUUCUUGAUGCCGGCAAACACCAUCUUCGUGCCCUUGAUGAAUUUCUUGGGGUUCGUGAGCCACUUGUCCAUCGUCUCGUCGUCCCACGUCACGCCGCUCCCGGACACGGCGCCGCUGAAGCCGAAGCCCGGCGCCGUGCCGGCCGCGCGCCCGAAGACGCCGUGGAGGUUCGGGCCCUGCUUGUGCGCGCCGCCGGCCUCGAUCGUGUGGCACUGGCUGCACCUGCGCGCGUUCGGAGAUUAACGGCGGCGCCAUCGACGCGCGUAUCAGUGCGUGCAGAAGACUGCUCGUAAGCGGUUACGGCGCCGCGGCCGCGCUUGGUCUUAAAGAUCUUCGCGCCCUUGUCGCCCUUGCCCAUUGGUCACUGCUUCUAUUCGUUCCUUGACGGCGGUAGCGCGGAUCCGCAAAUAUCCGCUUUUAUUCUUUGCGCAGCAGUCUUCGAAGCUCGGCUGUGCUUUGAGGUUAUGUGUGCUUUGUACGCACUGUGACGCAGCGAAACCGAUAUGCUGCCCGGACCGCCAAAAAAAAGCGGCUCGAAAGCGGCACACGGAAGCGAUAAAACAGAGCAGGGAGGAACGCUGCCGCCGCUUGCCAAUUGCCAAA